AUCGGGAGGACUGACAGUGAAAGGAAGGCAGAGAAGAAAAUAAUUUGAGGGAAACCAUUCGGUUAAAAGUUACAGAAUGAACGUCAGCUCACAGGACAAAGAAACUCGUCGCCAGUUACGCGAGCGAGGCCGGAAGAGGAUAUUUAAGAUGGGCAUUAUACAGCUAGGUUUUGGGCUCAUCUCAUUUGUUGUGGGCAUCUUGAGCUUGGUGUUCGGAGUUCCCACGGGGUCAUUCCCCUUUGUUCUAGGGGUUGGCCUUUGGGUGGGAGUUUUGGUUCUCCUGGCAGGCUUGUUUGGGUUCCAAGCAGGACGGCAGACGGACACUGUCAACGGAGAACCAUCAGGUGUUGACAAGUGUUACGUGAUCUGCCACUAUGUCUUUUCCCUUAUAAGUGCCUUAAUCUCCCCAAUGAUGCCGGUAUUUGGGGGGCUUGGGAUCCACUACUGCCUUAACCCUGGUUCCGUUAUCACUGUUGGUGGGAGGAGUCAACCAAGGCGAAAUGUUGUCAUCUACUGUGACCCCAAUCACGAUGCAAACCUGGCCCUCUCUGGUGUCACGCUGGCUAUUGGCAUCAUCAUAUUUUUUAUCUCCAUUCCAUUUACAACAUAUUUCUGCUGUUACGCCAAAGCCUAUGGUUUUAAAAGUCGACGAGACCAGGAAAGAGAGAUGAUGCAGAUGAGACAGGAGAUUUCCAUUCUACAGAAGCAAGUAGCUGAUAACGACAAUCAAAGCCAGCGGUGUUAAUAGAACCUGCCAUAGCCUGUACUCAGUGUCUCUUAAAAAUGUUAGAUUCUGUCAUAGUCUGUGCUCAGGGUCUCACUAGUGCUUUUAGAUACUGUCUUAGAUACUAUCUUUAGAUACUACACUGGUGGCAUUAGAUUCUGCCAUAGCCUUUAUUCAGUGUCUCACCAGUGGUGUUAGAUUGUGUCAUAGCCUGUGCUCAGUGUCUCACCAGUGGCGUUAGAUUCUGGCAUAGCCUUUAUUCAGUGUCUCACCAGUGGUGUUAGAUUCUGUCAUAGCCUGUGCUCAGUGUCUCACAGGUGGCGUUAGAUUCUGGCAUAGCCUUUAUUCAGUGUCUCACCAGUGGUGUUAGAUUCUGUCAUAGCCUGUGCUCAGUGUCUCACUGGUGGCGUUAGAUUCUGGCAUAGCCUGUACUCAGUGUCUUAGCAGAUCCUGUCAUAGUGCUCAGUGUCUCACCAGAGGUGUUGCAUUCUGGAGAUUCUGUACUCAGUGGCUCAUAUAAAUGUUAGAUCCUGCCAUAGUCUGUACUCAGUGCCUUACCAAUAGUAAUAAACUCUGUCAUAGCAUGUACUCAGUGUCUCGCCAGUGCUAUUAGAUACUAUCUUAGCCUGUACUCAGUGUCUCACCAGUGGUGUUAGAUUCUGUCAUAGCUUGUACUUAGUGUCUCACCAGAGUUGUUAGAUUCUGUCAUAGCCUGUAUUCAGUGUCUCACCAGUGCUAUUAGAUACUGUCUUAGCCUGUACUCAGUGUCUCACCAGUGGCUUUAGUUUCUACCAUAGCAUGUAUUCAGUGUCUCACCAGUGGUGUUAGAUUCUGUCAUAGCCUGUAUUCAGUGUCUCACCAGUGCUAUUAGAUACUAUCUUAGCCUGUACUCAGUGUCUCACCAGUGGUGUUAGAUUCUGCCAUAGCCUGUACUUAGUGUCUCACCAGUGGUGUUAGAACCUGCCAUAGCCUGUACUCAUUGUUUCACCAAUGCUAUUAGAUACUGUCUUAGGCUGUACUUGGUAUUUAUAAAAUCAGUGGCGCUAGAUACUAUACACCAAAGACUUGUUGCCGCCUCACUUUGCACUCAGCACCGAGAGGUCAGAGCAAGGAAAUAGGACUGUUUGGGCCAGUGUCAGUAUUAUGUGACAGGAUGGGGUGUCAUGUCUGGUGUCUUAGGCAUGAUACUUCGGUGGCUGCAGCACUUUGGCGACAUGGACUGGUCAUGGCACAGGAAGACUGCAUAUGUUUACACACCUCGUGGUCAUAUGAUUUACAUACAUACAUACUUAUAUACACUGUAUGACCCAGUCAACCUGCCAGUAAAUGUCGUACAUGUAUGGACAGGCUUUAAAUUUACAUGUAAGUUUACAAAUUUCAAACACAAAUUGAACUUGUAUCGCUGUCAGAUACCAUAAUUCUGACACAGUGUAUGACAUACGUCUGGUAGAUAUGCUGGAGCACUUGUAUUUUAUUUACACUAUUGUUGGCAUAUCCCAUCAUGCAAUAUUCUGGUCUUAUUAGACACUUUUUAUUAAUGUAUUCUGACAAGGUUUUAAUGUACGGUACUCAAAUUGAUACCAUACUUGAUAAAACAUGACAUAUGAGGGUAAAUUACAUAAAUCUAAAUGUUAUUUCAUAUGUGGAUCAAACAUGACAUGAGGUUAGAUUACAUAAAUCUAAAUGUUAUUUCAUAUGUUGAUCAAACAUGGCAUAUGAGGAUAGAUUACAUAAAUCUAAAUGUUAUUUCAUAUGUUGAUCAAACAUGGCAUAUGAGGGUAGAUUACACAAAUCUAAAUGUUGUUUCAUAUGUUGAUCAAACAUGGCAUGAGGGUAGAUUACAUAAAUCUAAGUGUUA